CCCAUAUAUAUCCAGAAACCUAGUUGUGCGAAUAAGGAAAAUCAGUUUUCGAUUUUUUUGCAUCAAAUGAAAAAAAAGAUGCGUAUCGCCAUAGCUGCUUGUCAUGCAUGAGCUACCAGAAUCAUAACAAGAGAGUGAUAAUGACUCCAUCUAUCCGCGUCCGAAUAGCUCGUAAUGAUCAAGAACAUCUAGUAUAAAGGGGUACAUUUAGAGAAAAACGAUCUAUCAUAGAUGAGUUUGCAUCCCGCCGACUAGGUCCUCGUGGCAGAGUGCUAGAGGGUCACUAUCGCUAUUUUUAAUCUUAGAAAAUAUAUACCAUUAAAAGAAAAAGUGGGAUCUUCAGUCAACGACAUGAUAACUUCCGCAAUCUUCUAUGUGUACUUCAGUUCUUUGCCUGGCAAAGCGUAUCUAUCUGAUGUUACUUACAAAAAAUUAGAAUUGCCAGUUAUUGACCACAGAAAAUCCUUCACUUUCCUCUCAGCUAGUACCGCUACACACGUCAAUUUUAUCUAUUACCAAUGUAAGCCUUGCGGAACGAGAUCCCGGAUGAGCAAUGAAACAGUGGGAGGAGCACGCGUGUAAUGCGGAUGAAGAGUACGGCGCCGGCUCGUGUUCGCGGUCCUCCAUGGGGAUCCUUUCACGGAUUAUUCUGGUCGCGAGCUUGCUUUCAGGAGCAACGGGGAUUUUACGGCCACCUGAGACAGCCUCCGAGGAGAGCACUUCGCUCUGGAUGUUGCAGCUGCGAGUACGUGGUAGCCCGUCUUGCUAUGGCGCCAUUGAGAUCAUUGGAAAGCACAAUUUUUAUGACGCACAUUGAGGAAGUUCAGCUCAGUUGAGUAGGAUAAUCAAUCGAAGGAUUCAAGUGAACAUGAUUUCGGUCGGGAACACGACCCUUGUUUGUUAUUGAAUCUCUGUCUUUCUAUGUUUGUUUUUCUCUUGACAGCGCUUAAGGAUCCUAGUUUGUAAUUUUGUUUCUUUGGUUUCUCACUUACCCGGUCGGCUCUCUCUAAGUACAAUAUCUCUUUUACUAGCUUUUCCUUAUCUUUCACUCUAUCUCCUUCCACGGUUUUUGCUCUUUUAAGGGAUCUCUGAAGGCAAAUCGGGUCGCUUCUUUUAUUGGAGAGUUUGAGGAGGUCGUCCAAAUAGAGAGGCUAGUGGUGUCAGGAUCUAAACGAAGUGCACACAAUAAGUUCUCGCAGAAUCUUCCAGUUCAACUGUUCUGAAUGAAAUGCAAUUAUGGAUGAUGAUGAUGAUCUAUCAUGAAGUAACUUGCGGCUCCCGUUAACUGAACGUAGUCGCUCAACUGGAUCCUCGCACGAAUACGAGCUGCUCCCAUUCUUCUACUAUAAUAGAACAGGGGUAAUUAAGUGUCAGACUUUAUCCUUCCUUCUCUUGUAAUAAAGCUGCUUGCUGGACCGCUAACGGAUGAGCAUGGGGACCCAUCUGCUGG